AUGAAUCAUCAGAUUCAUUCUAUGCCCGUAAACGAACAGUUUUUUCCACAUCAGGCCCAACAGCCUCCUGGUAUUGGCCCUCAGCUCUUUUCUCCACAAGUAAGCCAUGCCAGACUGCAACAACAACAGCCGGGCUUGAUAGGAAACAUGCACGCCAUGGAAAAUAAUCAGGAGCUGCAUAAUCAGUAUUUGUAUAAGCAAAAAUUGGAGGCCGCUAAUGCUGCUUUUGGACAGCAGCAGCUUUCGCAGCGACAAUUGCAAGCCCAAAAUCUGGUUACUAACAAUAGUCUAGGCCCCGUGCCGCAUAAUAUCAGCAUGCUACAACAAGCACCGGGACUAGGACCACCAAGUGGAUCGAUGGCACCACUAAUGAUGGGAACGUUUGCUCUACCUCCACCAAAUCACUUUUUAGUUCGUGAUGUGUGGGCAGACAAUCUCUAUUCUGAGUUUGCUGUAAUUCGCAAGUUGGCAGACACCUUCAACUGCGUUUCCAUUAGUACCGAAUUUGUGGGGACUAUAGCAAGGCCGAUUGGUAAUUUUCGGUCCAAGGACGAUUAUCACUACCAAACGAUGCGGGCUAAUGUGGAUCUUCUCAACCCAGUUCAGAUAGGACUAUCCUUAAGCGAUCAUGCUGGUAACAAGCCUGAAGGGGUUCCAUCAACCUGGCAGUUCAACUUUCACUUCGAUGUGACAAAAGAAAUGGUUUCAGCAGAAUCUCUUGAGUUACUCAAAAAGUCGGGCAUAAACUUUGAAAAACAUCAGAACGCAGGUGUAAGCGCUAAUGAGUUUGCUCAAUUGAUGACAGAUUCGGGACUUGCGCUUUCAAAGGAGAUCACAUGGGUAAGCUAUCAUGCGGCUUACGAUUUUGGCUUCCUAUUAAAGCUAUUGAUGGACUACUCCAUGCCGAACAACAAGGAAGACUACGUGUGGUGGGUGAAAACAUACUUACCAAACUUUUACGACCUGAACUUAGUCGGAAAAUCAGCUCAUUUUACUAAAAAUCAGCAGUCACAGCAAAAUCCUCAAGCUCAGUACACAUUAGAGGCAAUGGCAGAUGAGUUGGGGAUACCAAGAUUCUCAAUUUUUACCACUACUGGCGGGCAAAGUCUGCUUGCUUUGAUGAUUUUUACAUUUUUGAAAAAGCUUCUAGGAGUUUCGAUACCAGCAAGUAGUGAUUUUGCCGAAUACAAGAACAUGAUUUAUGGCAUAUCAAAUGAAUCGGGCUUGCAGAACACAGCAUGA